GGAACGGCGGCGGGGGACGUUUCACACGAGCCGCGCGCGUGCGGCGCGCGCUAUAUAAGUAGGGGCGGCCAAGGGCGCGCGGCACCCGCGCCCCGCCGGCCCCGCCGCCGCCGCCCCGAGCGCUCCCUCACGGCACGGCCCGGCACGGCCCGGCCCCCCGCUGCCGCCGCCGCGCCUCUUCCCGGCGGCGCACCAUGCCGGCCGACCUGAUGGAGAAGAGCAGCGCCUCGCCGGUGGCCGCCACCCCCGCCAGCGUUAAUGCGACGCCCGACAAGCCGAAGACGGCGGCGGAGCAUCGCAAGUCCUCCAAGCCCAUCAUGGAGAAGCGGCGGCGGGCGCGCAUCAAUGAGAGCCUAGGGCAGCUGAAGACGCUCAUCCUGGACGCUCUCAAGAAGGAUAGCUCCCGGCAUUCCAAGCUGGAGAAAGCCGACAUUCUGGAGAUGACCGUCAAGCACCUGCGGAGCCUCCAGCGGGCCCAGAUGACUGCUGCCCUGAGCACAGACCCCACAGUACUGGGCAAGUACCGAGCGGGCUUCAGCGAGUGCAUGAACGAGGUGACGCGGUUCCUCUCCACCUGCGAGGGCGUCAACACCGAGGUGCGCACCCGGCUCCUGGGCCACCUGGCCAGCUGCAUGACCCAGAUCAACACCAUGAACUACCCUGCGCCCCCCCCGCCGCCCCCGUUGCCACCGGCUGCAGCCUUUGGGCCCCCGCUGGUCCCUCCAGGCAGUGGCGUGGGGCCGCUCCCGGGCAUGCCCUGCAAGCCGGGUGCCGAUGCAGCCAAGGUGUACGGUGGCUUCCAGCUGCUGCCAGCCUCUGAUGGGCAGUUUGCCUUCCUCAUCCCCAGCACUGCCUUUGCUCCUGGUGGGGCUGUGCUGCCUCUGUACGGUGGCCCACCCACAGCUGCCACUGCUGCCUCGCCGCCAGGCCCGCCACCCAGCACGGCCGACUCAGUCUGGAGACCCUGGUGAGGGUGGUGGGCACAGGACUGGACUUGGCAAUGCACCCCGUGCUGCUGGCACGGCUGUACAUAGGUUAUAUGUUCAUAUUGGAUUGUGCCUUUGUACCAUAGCACUCCCUUGACAGUGUUUCGUGUUUUACACGAGAUCUUUUUUUCUUCCUUUUCUCCCUUUCCUUAUGUGACGCCAAAGAUUGGGGGUUUGUUUUUUGGUUGGGUUUUUUUUUUUUUUGAAUGCUCUUAAAAUAAAAGUUUCCCUUCCAUUUUGGAAGGCCUUUGGAGAAAAUUUGAGCUCUGGCAUGUGUGCAUAGGAGACACCUCAGUUCCUGGCUGCCUGUGGAUCUUGCUGCUCCAGGGCUGCCUUGUCCUGUUUGCCAGGCUGGAGCUGUCAUUCAGACCCUCUGUCCCCUCUGUCUUGUGAAAUCACCUGGCCCCUCUCCCUGCCCUGGGGCAGAUGUAAUUACUGCUUCUUUGGGAGCAGCUAAAUUAAUCAGACUUGUUAAAAGGAGCUUGUAUUUGCAGAGCUGGUGAAUGUGCUGUGGGACUCACCUCUGCUCUGUUCUGGCACCUCGGGCUGAUGGAGUUGGUGUGGUAAAGCAAGACAUUGAACUGCCCGGGUGAGCCUCCUGCCCUGAACCCGGGGGAGCCUGCUUCCCAGGCUGUAGUGUAAAUUGCAAGUGACUCCAGUCAGUUGAUUGAGAGAGCAGUGCCUGCCAGCUUCUCGAGUUACAAAAGCAGUGGCUCUCCGCAGGACAAGCCUGACACGAGUGCUCCUGUCUCCUGGCUGACGGGCUGCAGCAGGCGCUGGGCACCACCUCCACCUGGACUUAAAAGCACAGAGCUGUUCCCGACCCUGAGCAGCAGCCAAGCUCUGCUUGAUGAUUAAUGCUUUGCAUGUGGUUUUGAUAGAGUUGGGCAUUUCCUCUGCUGUUAUAUGGAAAACACGUGGUCGAGGGAGUGAUGUGGGGCUGCAGGGACUCUGUAAUCGUGAGCUGCAGCUGACCCCUGUGACUUGAGGAUGCCCCGUUUCCAGGCAAGAUGCAAGCCAUAGAUAGUGGCGAGCAGCAGUCUCAGGUUACAGCUUGCAUGGCCCUUCUUAACAAGUCCUAACUCAGAGCGGACAGCUUUAAGAUGUGCCAGGAUCCACUGGGGUUUCUGUCCAAAUCCUGCUGCAAAAGCUUGUUGGAUUUUGUCUGGAUCAGCCAGGUGCUUGACUUGUAUCCAGGUGCUGGGGAAAUGAAAGCUGGGGAGAGUGAGACCAGAUGGAUUUAAACCUGCUGGGGUUUGACUCCCCAGCUUUGCUCCCAGUAAAGAAACAUACUCACCUGAUCUGAAAAUAUAUCCUGGGAAAGGGGUUGGUAUGUGCCUGGGAUAGGCAGUGGCAGUUUGUUUUUUGUUUUUGUUUCUUUUUUUAAAGGACCUGAUCUCCCUGGGAUGAGCUUUCCCUUUUCUUGAACACCUUGCUGGCCUGCCUGCAUUGCCACUCUCACAGAGGCAUCUCACAGCCAGGUUUUGUGUGCAAGGCUUGAGAAUAUCAGAUUUGUUGUCCCAAGACAGCUGUGUACAGGCUGAGCUUUCUUUCCCUUCCACCAGCCAGAGUGUCACUUUUCUGCACUGGAGGUACUGAGGGUAGGAGUGAGCUCACCUUGUGUUCAGAGAAGUGCUCACAGGACCUGUCUCAGAAUUGCAUCAGACCAACCCCUGCUGCUGGAUGGCUUGUGUGGAGCUGAUGUAGACCAGUCAUGCAUCACCUAUAAGAGUGAAUGCUGUUCCAUAUGAGCAGUCUUCCCUUUCUGCUGAAGCAGUUGGUUUGGAAAGCACAUUAGAAAAAAGAGACUCUGCUGUAGGCUAAUGGAGAACAUACUGCAGAUCCCAGAGUGAAAGACAAGAUGAACCUAUUUGCUAAUGGAGUUUAAAUAGCCUAGUAUAAAGCAGAUAUGGCAUGCUUGGGCCGGUUUCUCCAAAGCUUUCUCUGUUUACUCUAUCCCACAGCCUGUUGACAUGAGAGAUCUGCUUGAGUUUGUGAGCUUUAAGGGGAUCAGAGCAAUUCCCAAGAGCCGUGCUCUUGGUGCCAGUUCACUGAGCCCGUGACAAAUUGGGAUGACAAAUGCAGGCUGUGGGUUUGUGGAUCAUUGUG